UAAUCAAAAUUGCGUAACUUGAGAGCAACUUUUUCUUGCUCAAUCAAAUUAGAUGAUAUGGCGAAUCAAUUUAAUAUGUAUUUAAUGAGAAUCUACAGAGUUUGGUGGGAAAAGAAAUUAAUAAGUUAGAAUGUUAAUUUCUAUAGGCAGCCCCAGAAUUUGAAUCAUUUCCUGAAAAAUUACUUCUGCUUUUGUCAAGUUUCCUGCUAGCAGUUUAGAGACUGGGUUGUUUCCUCACUGAUAAAUGUCUCCUCACACUUCUAUAAUUGUACUCUGUCAACUGAACGUGAAAGAUAUUAGAUGGAGAUGGCUGGUAGUGAUAUUUAUUACAUGUUAGAGUUGCCUACUGCAACCCAAGUCCAGAAUGACUGCAGACCACAGCAAAAAGCUUCUUCUUCCAGGCCUUCUCCUUCUUACCUUGUAGCAAUAGCUUUGGGGCUCCUGACUGUAAUUCUCAUGAUUUUGCUGCUAUACCACUGGAUUCUGUACCAGGGUUCCAACUCCUCCACCUGUGCCAGGUGUCCUAGCUGCCCAGACUUCUGGACGAGAUAUGGUAACCAUUGUUAUUAUUUCUCGAUGGAGAAAAAGGACUGGAAUUCUAGUCUGGAAUUCUGCUUAGCCAAAGGCUCACAUCUCCUUGUGUUUAUAGAUGACCAGGAAAUGAACCAGUUCAAAUGUUUUCUCAAUGACGACUUUCACUGGAUUGGUCUGAGGCACAAUUCUGGCUGGAGGUGGGAAGAUGGAUCAGCUCUAAACUCCUCAAGGAUUGCUUCUAAUAGCUUCGUACAGAAGUGUGGUACCAUCAACAGAAUUGGUCUCCAAGCCUCCAGCUGUGAAGUUCUUUUACAGUGGGUGUGUAAGAAGGUCAGACUUUGAUGGAUGGCCACUCUGACCUGAUCCUCAGCUCUGUCACAUAUCCCUGUAAGGGGAGAGAUGGCCACUGGCUGUAGGGAUGGCCACGAAUGUGUAUUUAGUGAAUGCUGAACCUUCUAAGGUACGGCGUUAGAUCUGAGAUCAAUGCAGCCUCCUCAGGAUUCAUGCUUGACUUCUGGAUUCUCUGUGAGACUAUUUUGAUAUAUUGUUAACAAUCUAAAGAUCAGAUCUAAGCAAAUUUGUGAAAUAGAUACAGUUUGUUUUUAGUAUUUCUCACUCUAGCAACUAAUCUUGCCUGCUUCAUUCCCCCCGCCACCACCUCUGUCAAAAAUAUACCUUUUCUAUGUUAUAUUCUGAGCUAAUGUGAUGAAAUCUGUACAAAUAUAUACUAUUGCUAACAUACUGGAUAGGUUUUAUGUGUGCUGAUGACUUAGCAUGUUACUUCUCCCUGAUCAUGUAUUUUUAUCCUAACAGUGGCUCUUUGCAGAUAAAGCUUUUCUCUAAAGAAUGAUGUUAAUGGUGAGAGUAUAAAUUGUGGAAAGUAGGUGAGGGCAGGGUGGCACUUCCUGCUUCUCAGCUCUUCACACUUACAUAACGACCUGGACUUGACUGAUUUUGUUUCUUUCUGAGUAUGCAUAGAUGUGGUUGAAUAAACCAAUGUGUG